AUGAAGACCUUUGCCACUGCCCUUGUCGUUCUUCUGUUGCUAGAUUUGGCAUCUGCUCGCUUUGAAGGCACCAAAGAUGAUUUCUUUGAGAUAAUCGCGAACGGAGAAGUGCCUAGUGGCAUCCUUGACGAUGAGGACGAACUCGGUCGAACAACAAACUUCAGAAAGCUACAGGGACAAGCGAGGGAAUCAGGUCAACGAUGCGGAAGGAACAAUCCUUGCUUGGAUGGCCUGGAGUGCACAUCUACAGCCUUUGGCAGUUAUUGUACCUCUACAGCCUGCUUCAUGAAAGUUGUGAACAACUUUAUCGAAAGGCAUCAGCUUCAGGACAUGCCUGAGAGGUACAUGGAGCAGACUGGAUUUAUGGGACGAGAUGUUACUAAUUCAAGUGUGACGGGACAGUCGGGUUGGAGAGCCUUCGCUGCUUCUUCAGAGGCGGUGCUCAACAGAGACUUUCGGGAUGCCAUUACGGAUGCCAUGACUGCUAAUCCACCGAACAUGACAGAGCUGCUUCUUGACUAUGUUACUGCUUGCCCAAACGUUGCUUCCAUUCAAGGUGUGACCAUUAUGCUGGGACUUCACUACGAGAUUUCCGUGGUGGUUCCAAAGAUGUUCAACAAUUACUAUUUUGCUAUUGGAACCGGAGACCUCAACUUGGACAUCACGUUUGAUAACGCUACCCUGACGGGUGCAGUCAACUACAACGGCACAGGAGGAGUAUUUACGGAUUUGUGUUUUGGAGUCGGCCCCGAUGUCGGUUUCGACGUGGGCAUUACAGCUGGCCUUCUUCCCAGGAGCGGUACCAUCAAUGAUCUAACGGACUGUUCUUUUAUGUUUGACGCUGACAUUGCUGCUGCAACCGGUUUCGGUCUGGCCAUCGGAGUGACGUCAAACACUUGUACCGCCAAGGUCAUGAUGACAUUGGGCGCUGGCCUUGGCGGCGGUAUUGGAUUCACUGGCUGUAACACGUUCGAGUUAGGGAGGCUUUCAUUUUCGGGUGGCGUCUAG